AAAUAAACCUAUCUUUUUCUUUUUCUUUUCCUGACUUCCAACAUUUUCUGCAUCUCCCAAAUCUAUCUUGAUCAACUCCCCUCUAUCUUUUUCUCAAAUACACACACACUUUAUCUUUUUUUGGUCUAUAGCCACCGAUUCAUAUUCUAUGAUAUUUGUCUUUUAGGAUUAAUUUGUCAUCAUCUUUUUUCUGUAAAUUGAGGAAGCACAUUCGUUGUUGUUAUUACCGACGGUUGAUCAUCCGCAAAUGAUUGCCGAUCAACAAGAGCAACGACUUCGCGAGAUGUUUGAAUCACUUGACAAUCUCCCCGCGUAUGUGUGGGGUUUCGCUAAGGGUUUAGUUGCUUCCGAGCAACUCAAUACCCAAGUAAAGGAUUUAGAAAAUGACAAUCCAUUGAAGCAACUUGCAGACUUGCUUUCUCAGGCCAUGAAUAAUAUGCGGCGAGAUCUUAAAAGCGAGGUGGAAGAGGAGCUAAGGGGGCUACGAGGGUUUGAUCUUACAGACUUAUGUGAUAAGGCGAACCGACUUGAAGAUAUUGCUGACAGUCUUGGUAACAUUAGCAAUGAGCUUGCUCGUUAUCGAUUUAAUGAACAACCUGGUCCACUUGAGCUAGACUUAUUUACGCAACUCAUGUUAACGGUUCUUGAAGUUACAAAAGCUCGUAAGAAUCUUAAGAAGGUGUCGAAGCAAAUGACCAAAGCAUGUGAUAACAUAAAAGAAGGUUGACCAGUGAUGUAUAUCAUUUGAUUCGUGGACUCACAUGUUUGGAAGUUGGAAGCUCAAGGAUUGGUCAAUUUUAUUUUAUGUGCAUGGAGCCUAGCUAAAUAAGUUACACGUAUGCCCACGUGAUGUUUUUCCUUUUUAAUUAUUUGCAUUGUUAGGUGAAUAAUUAGUAAUGGGUUCUCCCAUGACUUAUUAGAUAACCGUACGGUUAGGAUAGUCGCUUAAUUAGUGGAGACGGUUAGUUCUCUUUUGUCUAUUUAUUAGCCGGGCAUGUAAGUUCCAUGUAACCAAAAAACAUUUGAGCUUUCAUUGUCUUUGUUUUGAAUAUUUAAAACUAGUAAUAUACUAACGAUUAUGCCUCUUUUAACCAA